AAGCAGUAGUAGACAGUGUGAGACAAUUUUUUUAUUUUAGUUUUUACUCAUUUUUCAGCUCGAAAAUCGAAUGAAUAUUAAAGAAUAGGACGCGUUUGUUCAUAGACAUUAAUUGUUCUAUAAGAAUAUUCAACGAGUGAUUUUAUCAUAAUCUUAAUGUACAAAGUGAAUUCCUAUGUAUAAAAUAAAAUAUUAAAAAAAAAAAAAUAAAGUGAGAAAGAGAACUUUGUGAGUGAGAAAAGGAGCAUAAAAAAGUUUUGGAAGAAAGAAAGAAAAUUAAACCAUACGAAAUUAAAGAAUAAAUUGAAGGGAAUGGCUACAAGAAGAAGUUGUACAUCUAUUCUUUUAUUUUCGCGUUUCGAUUAUAAAUCACUCUGCACUUCUAGUCUACAUCAUAGAAAUAAGAAUUUCACUUGGAGUUGCACGCAACGAUUUUCUUCUUCAUCAUCGACAUCGGACAUUGCUACGAAAAAUAAUGAGCUAGAGUCCACAACAAGCAAUACCAAUAGUGGUGAAGUGACUGUCACCUAUGUGAGAGGUUUGCCUAAUGUGGUAUGUCCACUGCCUAGUCGCAAUGAAAAGUGCCAAUUUGUGCUUCGUCCUGUAUCCCAUAAUGUAGGCGAUUUUCUAGAAAUGUUAAAGUCAGAAGAUAGAGGCAUUGAUCGAGCGGCAAUUUUAAAUAGAAAUAACGUUCGAAUAGCAUCAUCGUGCUCUAUUGAAAGUCUCAUGGAUGAAAGCUUUUGGUUACAUUUAAAUGAUAAGCAUUACUAUGUUGAGCCACCGGAGCGGGAAAAAAUUUCCUCUGAAGAAAUUAAUAAGUUGGGCGAUGUGAGAUCUUUAGUGUCACAACUUUAUGAGGCUCUUCAUGUCAGCGAACACCAAAUUCGUAAGGAGAGAGACCUUCAUGAGAAAUUAGAGCAUUUAAAUACAAGAUUAGGACCACUAGAAAAGAAACGUUUUGAAUUGGACCUAAAGGCUGGUAGGAAAGCAAACAUGCUCUCAUGGGUUGGAUUAGGCUUGAUGUCUGUACAAUUUGGUGUAUUAGCACGUCUGACGUGGUUUGAAUAUAGUUGGGAUAUUAUGGAACCUGUUACUUAUUUUGUUACUUAUGGCACAGCUAUGGCAGCCUAUGCGUACUUUGUGCUCACUAAACAGGAAUACAUUUUGCCUGAUGUUAAAGAUCGACAACACUUAAUUUCACUUCACAAGGCAGCCAAGAAGAAUGGAUUAGAUUUAGAACAAUAUAAUGAUAUCAAACGCGAAAUUGCCGAAAUUGAGUUCGAUUUGAGGAGGUUGAAGGAUCCAUUGUAUAAAGAUCUUCCAGCUCCACCACCAAAGCUACCAAACUACAGUGCAAGUGAAAUUGCUCAAUCGAACAGAUUAAAAGCGAUUUUUGCUGAUAGUCAGCUUUUGGGGAAGAAGAAUCGCAGCUUAGAGAAAUUAAAAACCAUUUUGGAAUCAGCUAGCAAAAGACUUAAAUGAAAAGGUUCAUUAUCAUCUCUUCCUUUGCCACCUUAUUCUUCUCCUCCUCGUUCUUAAUUCAUUCGUAAUGUAGACAAAAACAAUUUCUUGAUAAUCAUUUUUGUUUCUCCAAAAAAAAGAAAGGAUUAUGCACUCAACAUACUUACUAUAUAUACACACACGUAUACAUACCACACAUACAAGCAUAACCGUAACAAUCAUAUAUGAAUACAUCGAAUAUAGGAAAAUUUAAAGAAGAAAACUUAAUCUCAAUAGCACAAAAAAAAAUCAAAGCAUUUAAUGACGAACAGUUCAUUUUUUUGACUCAAUCAGGAACGAUAAGAAGAAAAGUUAUUGCCACAGACAACAAUUUACGAACAUUACGAGAUUUUUUUUUAUUUAGAUAUUUCUUAGUCGUGUCUCAAUUAUUUAUGUUAAAUGAGAAGGAAAAAAUUAAUUUGUUAACCGUGUAAUAAUCUGAAACCAAUUGCAUUUUUCUUGUGUUUUUCUACUUUAAUUGUAGUUAUAGUCAUAUAAUGUGUCAAUUUGUUGUUACUUAAAAAUAGAUUACCAAUAGUUAUAAACAUUUUCAAUUCAGACUUUACUUUCGCAGUCGCUCGAUUUGGGUUUCAAUUAAGAACAAGAUCAGGGAUGAUUUGUGGGAGAAAUUUUAUUUUCAUUAGAAUUUUUUUUAAAAAAAUACCAACGGUUUUUUAAUUUUUGAAUAAUUAACGACUUUACUAAAUUCAAAAAUUUCAAAGUUCAAAAUUUGAACGAAACCUUUUUCGUAAAAAAAUCAGUUGAACUUUUUUCUGAUAAAAAAAGAACUUCUCACAACCUUGACAUUUUAACACAAAAACUCUUAUUUCCCCUGAGUUGACAAGACUUAAUACGGAAAUGAUACACUUUUGAAAGAAUUACACAGUUUGUUGUCGUAUGAAGUAAGAAGAAUAAAAUAUAAUAAAAUAAACUUUUUUAUACAUUACAAUCAUACGUCAUCAUUGCCAUUCAUCCGUGUCGCUCCUUCAUUUUUUUUUAUGAUUUAUCCAACGAUUAUGAUCCAUAUAAAUAAUAUUCAACAUAAAAUAAUAAUACUGUGUGAAAUAUUUUUUUAUGGUCCUGCGGAAAUAACAAUGGUUAUCAUAGACAUAAUUUUUCAUCCAUCCUUUAUUUAAUGGAUUAUAAAUAAAGUUUUCUUUUAAUGUCAUUUGAGUUGUAAAGAAGAUGGAUUUACAUACACAUUAUGGAUAUACCACAGUGAUAAAUCCUUGUGUGAUUCUCAAUUACAUCAAAAUUAAAUUCUGACAGACGAGAUUACAACCAAUUUAAAAUGGAAGCACUUUAAUGACAGUCGAGAAAGCUCUUAUGGUCAAUUUUGGCUUCAAUGUCUCUGCUAAUUGCAAAUGAUACGGAUUAUUCUUCUGUCGUAAUAAAUAGACAGUUCAUGAAUAUAUUUUGCGGAGCAAUUCUAAUCCAUUAAGCGGGUUUAAAAAACUUUGGUAGAUACAUGGAAUUGCUAUAAGC